AUGAUGCGCGCAGCCAAUCACGCCGCUGGUUUCACAGUACGCGGGUCGGGAGCAGCUCUCAUCAACCUGUCGAGAGACCGCGCCGUGUCUUCUAUCCCUAAGGGCGAGUUUACGCCUGAACAUCAGACAGGAACCGAGGACAAAUGGGAGUAUCCGAGCGAAGAUAUGUAUUUCAAGGCCAUGAAGCGUAAGGGCUGGGCACCUAAGGCACAGCAGAUGAAGACCAUUGUAGCCAUUCACAACACAGUCAACGAACAGAGCUGGCGCGAAGUGCUCAAGUGGGAGAGCUUCCACCCAUCGAAGGAGCCUGUGAAGCUCAAAAAGUUCAUGGGUAAGCCGACUGAAUACAGUCCCAAGGCCAAGAUGAUGAACGUGUUAGGCUGGUCCGUACUGCCCUUCGACCGUCACGACUGGGUCGUGGACCGAGACGGUAAGGAAGUGCGCUAUGUCAUCGACUUUUACUCGGGCGCUGCGACGCCAGGAAAGCCGCUUUCCGUCUAUUUGGACGUGCGUCCAGCACUGGACUCGGUGGAGGGAGUUGUGGACCGCUUGAGGUGGCAGUUCCACGAGAAGAUCGCGCCGUUUCUGCCCUUCAACGGCGCCAUGUUUGGCCGUAAACCUACGGACUCUAGCGCGUCAAAGAAUGACCAGGGUGGACACUCCAAAGUUACGCCUAAGUCCGAUUAGAUACCCUGCUUAUCUCUGAGCAACUCGUAGCAGUUUAAUUCGGUAAGAAUCAAACGACCACGCCGUAA